AUGGAAAUUAAUGAUAACGAGGUUGAGGGUGCUAUGCUAACUACUCCAACUGUGGGAAGUGAAGUUCAUGCAGCGACUGAAUCGCAUUCGCAAAAUGAGAGUGUUCCAAUUGAGGCAAAUGAAGCAACUCUAAAUAACACUUUAGAUGUUGAAAUUUCGGGUACAAAUGGUGAAAAGAAAAGAAAAUUUAGAUCUAUUGCAUGGGAUCAUUUCGAGAAAAAAUUAAUUGAAGGAAAAUGGAAAGCGGUCUGCAAUGAUUGUAAGAAGAUCUUAGGUGGUGAAACUAAGAAUGGUACCAAGCAUUUACUUGACCACAUGAAAACAUGCUUGCACAAAAAACAGAAGACCAUACAACAAUCUCUAUUGCAGCCAACAAAAUCCAAUGAUGGGACAACGCAGCUUGGGACAUACCAUUUCAACCAAGAUCAAGCAAGGGCAGAGCUUGCAAAUAUGAUUAUAUUGCAUGAGUACCCGUUAUCUAUGGUUAAUCAUGUUGGCUUUAAAAGAUACUCUUAUGCACUGCAACCAAUAUUUAAAGUUGUUUCCCGGAACACAAUCAAGAUAGACAUCAUGAAGAUAUUUGAGUAUGAAAGAAAUAAAACAAUGAAAUUAUUAGACUUAAAUGCUAGUCGGAUUGCGUUGACAACUGAUAUGUGGACGGCAAGUAAUCAAAAAAGAGGAUUCAUGGCGAUCACUUCACACUUCAUCGAUGUUUCAUGGAAAUUACAAAGUCGGCUUGUCAGGUUUAUAUAUGUGCCGUGUCCACAUACUGCUGAGGUCCUUGCAAAUGCACUUGUUGAUUGCCUCUUGGAUUGGAACUUGGAUCGUAAGUUAUCUACUUUAACCGUUGAUAAUUGCACAACUAAUGAUGCUAUGAUUGAGCUUAUUCUGGACAAGCUUCCUCCGAGUUCACUUAUCUUAGAAGGAAAAUUAUUUCACAUGCGGUGUUGUGCCCAUAUUUUGAAUUUGGUUGUGAGGGAUGGACUAGAAUUAAUCAGUGAUAGCAUUGAAACAAUUCGUUAUAGUGUUGCAUUUUGGACAGCAACACCAAAAAGAGAUGAAAAAUUUAUUGAAACAGCUCGACAAUUGAAGGUUCCAAGCACAAAGAAACUAGAACUUGAUUGUAAAACACGAUGGAACUCUACAUAUUUAAUGCUUAACACUGCAUUGGAAUAUGAAGCUGUGUUUGCUCGCUUGAAACAACGUGAGACUUUAUAUAAAAGAGUUCCCACACAAGAAGAUUGGUCAAAAGUGAGAGAUAUUUCUUCCAAAUUGGAGAUGUUUUUUGAUGCCACAGAGUUGUUUUCGGGGACCAAGUAUCCCACUAUAAAUCUUUUCUUCGCAACUAUUUGCGAUAUUAAGUUGGCAAUUGGUGAUUGA